UAGAGAUCCUCUAUGGAAUUCCAGUUUUUACUAUUACAACGGUUGGCCACGUCUGACAGACUGCUUCCUCAACACGGUGCUGGUGUGGGUGCCAUGUGCUUUCUUGUGGUGCCCUCUGCCCUUCUACCUGCUGGUGCUGGCCAGGAAAGGGGAAGUCACUCCACUUCACGUCACCUGGUUGAACUCGGCCAAGACGUGUUUCAGCAUGGUGUUGAGCAUGGUGGCGCUGGUGUCGUUGAUACAAAACUUCAAACUGUUGACGGAUAGAGGCAGUGACGUGCUUCCGGUGGUCAUCUACCUGGCCAGCUGCCUGCGGCUGGUGUCGUAUUUGUGUACAGCAUUCCUUACACAGUAUGAACGACGACGACAUGUCAUCACUUCCGGUUUACAGUUUGUCUUCUGGAGCUUGUUGAUGUUAUGCGACGUCUUCAAUUUAUACACGGCCAUCAUUGAAGAGGAUUAUAACGACGACAUCCUGAAAUUUGUUUUGCUUUGUGUGACCGUCGCCAUAGAGAGCAUCCAGACAAUCCUGUUCUGCUUCUCGGAAGCUUUUAAGGAAACUCAGACUGGAUAUCAGCAACAGCAGAAGCGUCCAUGUCCAGAGGUCACUGCGUCCUUUCCCAACCUGAUGCUGUUUACAUGGAUGACAAAGUACAUCUACCUUGGGUGGCAAAGAGACCUUACGGAGGCUGACCUCUUUGACCUCAACCCACGAGACAGCAGUGACGUCCUUGUCCCGUCCUUUGAACGAGAGUGGGAGUUGGAGAGAGAAAGAUUUAGGAACGAACAACGUGGUAAGCCAGGGAACGGCACCAACACCGACUCCGCUAUCACAUCACUUCAACUUCCCAAAGACUCCAUAGAAGGAGACAUUCACCUUCUAGCAUCCGUCUUGGAAACCAGAUCCCUCGUCCCCAGCUGUUCCGCUCACAAUUCGCGAGGAAAGGGCGGGGUCACCACAGCCUAUGGGACCCUCCACCGCCCAGGGGACGACGAGGUGAAGCAAGAAACGCCGUCGCUGCUCCGAGUCUUGGUGAAACUCGUGGGACCUCGGCUCAUCCUCGGGCUGUUCGCGAAAGCGGUAUCCGAAGGGAUCUUGAUUUUGUGUCCCAUGUUAUUAGGGCUGCUGAUCGAGCAGGUGACCAGCCCCGACGACAACGACAAGCAGGCGAGGUCUGGCUACGUGCUGGCGGUGCUGAUGUUCGUGGUGUACAUGGUCAGGACACUGCUCGCCAGUUUUAGCUACUGGUGUUGCCAACUGGUCGGCAUGCAGCUGAAGACCAUCCUCAUUGCCGCCAUCUACAGAAAGUCGCUGACGAUGAACAGCGCCGCACGGCGACUGGCAGCCAGUGGGGAGAUAACCAACCUCAUGUCUGUCGACUGUCAACGCAUUCAGGACUCCAUGUUCUAUUUCGUCGCUUGGACCACUCCUCUACAGAUAAUCAUUGUUGUCGGUGUCCUUUACGUUUACAUCGGACCCUCAGUCUUCGCCGGCGUCAUCGUGCUACUCCUUCUCUUCCCCCUCAACUCCUACAUCUCAAGUUGGCAAAAGAAACUCAACAUCAGUAACCUCAAGUUCAAAGACAAGAGGCUUAGACUGACCAAUGAUAUGUUGAGUGGAAUGAGGGUGGUAAAGAUGUACGCAUGGGAACCUUCCUUCAAAAAGUUGAUCACAGACUUGAGGAGCGAGGAGACAAAGGUGUUGCUCAGAAUUUCCUACCUGAACAUGUUUAUGAGUGUGUGCAGCUACUUCGCACCUUUUCUGGUAACCCUGGCCACGUUUGCAACAUUUGUGGUUGUCUCCCCUGACAACCACAUGGACGCUCGGCUGGUCUUUGUUACCUUGGCCUUGUUGAACUUGCUGAGAGAUCCCCUUGACCUUCUGGCCAAACUCAUCUCCUUGACUGUUCAGUCUUUGGUGUCAGUGCAAAGGAUCAACAAGUUUCUGUGCUGUGAAGACCUCGACACAGACAGCGUCACCUGUGCUGCCGAUGCAGUCGACGCCAUGUCCAUCAGAAACGGAAAGUUCACGUGGGACAAACACUACGAACCUGUCUUGAAAAACAUCGACAUCAGCGUCGGUGUCGGCAGGCUGGUAGCAGUGGUGGGUCACGUGGGAAGUGGAAAGUCGUCAUUGAUCUCGUCACUUCUUGGAGAAAUAGAAAAAGUGUCAGGGAAAGUAACCAUGAAGAGUUCUGUGGCCUACGUCCCUCAGCAAGCGUGGAUACAACACACAACGCUACGUGACAACGUCCUCUUUGGGAAACUCUUCAACGAACAAAGAUAUCUACAGGUCCUGCGGCAUGCGCACUUGAGCCCGACCUGGCACAAUACUGCUGCUGGAGACAUGACUGAGAUUGGUGAAAGGGGUAUCAACCUGAGUGGGGGUCAGAGGCAGAGAGUGAGUCUGGCCCGCGCCGUGUACAGUGACAGCGACAUCUACCUACUGGACGACCCGCUCAGCGCCGUGGACUCGCACGUGGGCAAACACAUCUUCACCGAGGUCAUUGGCCCCAACGGCUUGCUCCGACACAAGGUCAGGUCACACCAAAGGAGGUACCAGGAGGCACUGCGGGUGCUGGUGACACACGGCAUCCAUGGCUGCCGAUGGUUGACGAGAUCAUCGUGCUGUCCGACCAACGGCAUCUCGGAGAAAGGCAGCUACGACACUCUCAUGUCCCACAACGGACCCUUCGCUCGCUUCCUCAAGCUUCACCUGCAACAGAGGGAGGACUCGGAGGAAGAGGAAGACCCUGAGAUCUCAGCGCUCAUCAGGAAGAUCCGAGAGAACGUGGAGACGGCGACUUCCGAGGGCACAACUUCCGGCGAAGAUGACAACGCAAAAGACUACUCUAGAAGCAGCGGCUUGACGGUUUAUAAACAUAUUGUGCAGCUACACCCAGGUUGUGAAGUUCAGCCGCUGGAAGACGACAACUUGUUGUCCUCGCCACAUCCCACGAAACGCACCUUGCGGCACAACUACAAAGUCAAGAACGACUACUACCGUGAUGGUGUUGGAAUGUUUGGCAUCGGGCAGACCCCCCUCUACGUCCACUUCAGCGAGACCAUCAGGGCGGCGCCACCAUCCGCGCCUACCGAGCGGUCGACCGCUUCAAUCGAGGAGAUACAACGACGGGUGGACAGAAACCAGUCCUUGUACUUCACUAGUCUUAGCGCACACAGGUGGAUGACAAUGAACCUAGAUAUCAUCACAAAUCUUAUCAUUUUCGGUGCUGCCAUCUGUUCCAUUGCCACUCCAGGCAUUGGAGGAGGAACUUUGGGAUUCUCUGUGACUUACGCAAUGCAGAUGUCGGAAUAUAUCAGCUGGAUGGUCCGAAUGAUUACCGACCUUGUGACAAACAUGGUGUCCGUGGAGAGGGUGAGGGAAUACUCACAGCUGGAGUCAGAGGCUCCAUGGACUAACCCUUUGAGACGUCCAGAUCCUUCUUGGCCCGAGAGAGGUCGCCUGAUGUUUAGUGAGUACAGCACGCGCUAUCGACCCGGCCUUGACCUCGUGUUGCGAGACAUCAGCUUCAUUGUUGAGGCUGGUCAGAAGGUUGGUAUCGUUGGAAGGACAGGGGCAGGUAAAUCCUCCCUGACGCUUUCUCUCUUCCGGGUUAUCGAGGCCUGUAACGGCUCCAUCAUCAUCGACGGCGUCAACAUCGCCGACAUCGGGCUCCACGACCUGCGCUCUCGCAUCACCAUCCUUCCACAGGUAACCUCCAGACUAUUGCAACAUGUCGCCAACUGUGAACAUUUUAUUAAAGAGUUGCCAGAAAACCUGAACACCAGGUCGGAGAGGGGACAAAAGCUAAGUGUAGGUCAGCGGCAGUUGGUGUGUCUGGCCAGGUCGCUACUCGCGAACCAAAUCCUGGUCCUGGACGAGGCCACGGCCGCCGUUGACAUGGAGACGGACUCCUCAUCCAGAACACCAUCCGUGAGGCCUUUAGCUCCUGCACCAUCAUCCCAUCGCACACCGCCUAACACCAUCAUGGACUACGACUUUCGUUGUAGAUCCUCGUGCUUGAUGAAGGGCUUGGUGAAGGAGUACGACUCGCCCCACGUGCUUCUUGCGGACAAACAGAGUAUUUUCUACGGCAUGGCCAAGGAUGCAAAUCUUGUGUAA